UACGUUUAUGACAACUUAUCAACAACAACGAGCGAACGCUAUCAGCGCGGAGACAGCGACAGUUCCUUUGAAGCUCGUUUAAAUCCGAAUUAUUUGUAGCCGUUCAUUUAGCAACAAGAUUCAGAAUGAUACACAUCAAAUGUAAAGACACCAAUCUUGACCCGUUACCAGUCAAGAUUGGCAUCAUUGGCGGCUCUGGUCUGGAUGAUCCAGACAUUUUGGAGAAUCGUAAUGAGAGAAUUGUUGAAACUCCAUAUGGCACACCGUCGGAUGCACUGAUUGAGGGUGAAAUUAAAGGGGUGCAGUGUGUGCUCCUCGCUCGCCAUGGCCGCAAACACGACAUAAUGCCAUCGAAUGUGAAUUAUAGAGCGAACAUCUGGGCGCUGCGUGAUGUGGGCUGCACCCAUUUGAUUGUGUCCACAGCCUGCGGCUCGCUGCGCGAGUCAAUCAAGCCAGGAAACUUGGUGGUGCCGCAUGACUUCAUCGAUCGCACCACAAAACGUAUACAAACCUUCUAUGAUGGCUCGCAUGCCGGCCACAAAGGUGUCUGCCAUCUGCCCAUGUUUCCCGCGUUUUGUGAGCGCACACGCAAAACCCUGCUCGAUGCUGCCAAAGAGCUAAACUACGAUGCACAUGACAAGGCCACCAUUGUCACAAUUGAAGGACCACGGUUCUCCUCACGAUCCGAGAGCAACAUGUUCCGUAUGUGGGGAGGUGACUUGAUCAACAUGACAACCUGCCCCGAAAUUGUGCUGGCCAAGGAAGCCGGCUUGCUAUACGGAUCCGUGGCAAUUGCCACGGAUUACGAUUGCUGGCGCAUGGGCUGCGAGGGCGUCAACGUGCAGGAUGUGCUGAAAACCUUCUCCGAGAAUGUUAUCAAGGUCAAGGCCAUUUUAGUGAAUGCCGUUGGGCGCAUUGCAAAGGAAGAUUGGUCCGACGAUAUACUGAAUGCUAAGCAAUGUGUUUGCAACAACACCAUGUCCGGUGCCAUGUGACGCUUUUUAAAACUAUGCACGGAGAUCACACGAGAUACAAUUAAGCGCCACAAGCUGCACAAGAAAUCGAAGACCAAAUCCAAACAUAAUCGAAGACGCACACCGAAAUUGCUCACCAUAUCCAUAGCCUAUGAACUGGAGCCAUCCAGCGAUGGCGAGGAACAAACCACCACGGCAAACUAAACACAUCAAAAAAUAUAUAUAGACUAUAUUAAGCAUUUGGCAUUGUAUUUAAGUAUCUCGGAUCAAAUAAACUUAACUCCCAUCGAGGAAAAUGUUACCAAAGUCAAAAAAUUAUGUUCAACCUUUAUGAGAAUUAAUCAGAACUGCCAAAACCAAAUGGUAAACUGAGGUUCGGGUGAUGAAAGGGUUCUAAAAAGGUGAUUUUGUCUCGAACAUUGUUUUAAA